UGUAAAUUUUGUAGUGGUUUGUAAAUACAUCUAUGUAGCUUUACAAAGUGGACAUUAUUUAACACAAGAAAAUGUAUGUGUUGUAUAGUGAUAGUUCUUGUGCCUUAUUAAUUUAUUUUAGGUCAUUAAAUAGAAUCUAUAGAAAUCAUUUGCAUACUCGAUAUCGGAAUGGAAGGUAUCUAUAAAAUUAAUUUGAUACCAAACGAUCUCAAUGUGGAGGAAACAAUUCUUCAAAUCGCUGAUACGUUAGAUAAUCUCAAUGGUAUAGUCGACGAUGUAUUUUCACGUAUAUCGAACAGGAUCAAACAAAACGUGGAUAAGACCAUAAAGCUCAGGGAACAAAUCGACGUUUCUAGAGCUAAAGUCGAGAAAUUAACAGGAAUGCAAAAGGCGAUUAAGGUGUUCUCUAGCGCUAAAUAUCCAUCGUCCAUUGUACACGACCAUUAUCAUUCCAUAUUUGACACAAACACCUAUCAUUAUGAGCCAAAAAAGGUUACUCUAAGCGGCAAAUCGCAGAGGCCGUCUAGUGAAAAAGGGAUACAGGAGAAGCUGCACUUUUUCCACGUGAAAGUUGCGGAGCCAAAAAGUCCAAAGCCCAAGCAGGAUUUCGACAUUAAAACUGUUAUUGACAAAGUGUCAUCUGUGGGAGACCUUUUGAUAUUUAAUACAGAGGAGAGUCCUUAUGUGGGGUUACCCAGUAAGCAGCAAACCUAUGUGCCCAGGGUGCACACUAAUGUCCAGAAAUCGGUGUUGGACGAAGCACCGCCUUCUAUCAUGAAAAAAAAUGUGCUUAAGCGAGAAAUCGAUGAAUAUAUGUACGCGCCCGGCAUGGGAGUGGUACCAGAACUGGACAUGCCGCUCGACCUACCGCAUCUACCGGGCGUCGCCGGUGACAUACAGUACUCCAUAACAGAGGACGGUACUAUAGCUCCGUCGGCCGUGACGUCACCAGUCGUACCCACUGUGACGCUGCCAGAACUGCCUGAUAUAUCUGAACUGCCUGAUGUCAAACCAGAUGUUAGUGAUGUGACAGUGGGUAAAGUCCCAGCGGUCGAGGAUAUACCGGAUUCGCUGCCUGUACCGCCGCAAAUACCGAUGGCAACGGUACCUACGAUACCGGUGGCAACGAUACCGAUAUCUUCGAUGCCAGCCCCGCCCCCCCCGCCGCCACCGCCCCCACCGAUGGACAUCGUAACACCAGUAAAGACAAGGGAUGAACCUGUAACUAAGUCUACAUCGGGCGGCGACGCACACGCAAACCUCAUGGCGGCCAUCCGGCAGGCGGGCGGCGCGGGUCGAGCUAAACUGCGGCCAGCUGCCGAAUCUACACCAGAUAAGGACACUAAGCCGGCCAUUGGAGGUGAUCUGAUGGCGGACCUUCACGCGAAGCUGUCCAUGCGGCGUCGUGGCAUCUCCGGGGCGGAGAGGGCCGGGGGCACUGUCCUCCACACCCUCGCCAGCGUGAUACCGGAGCCGGGGGACCAGUCCUCACCGCAACAGUCCUCGAGUGACGAAGACUGGGAGUGAUUCGGUAUGAUGAUAGAUUCCAUUGAUAAUAGGUAAUGUUCGUUGUUCUCUAUAUGAGAAGACAGACUCUAGUAGAGUAGUCAAUGGUAUUAAAUGUGUUAAUUAAAAAUGUUCUAUGUUUGUUGUGAAAAAAAAUGUAGUUGAAAAUAUAAUAUUCCAUUUGUGAAAAAUGAUGUUGUUCGAAAAUAUGAAAUAAUGAAAAUCAUUGUUCGCGCGGCAUUGAUUACGAAAAAUUUAAACAUCA